AUGUGUAGCCCGUAUCGUGUAAACACCCUAACUGGAAAGCACAGUAUCGAAGGUCGACAUCUUACUUUGCUCUCAAGGCCUCACGCCAUAGACUUUCCCUUCCCAGGAGUUCCUGCCCUGCCACUCGCUCGCCCACCUGGGCGUGAGCCGCUACGUCGAAAUCCAUCAUGGGAGGAAGACAGCCUCAAAGUCCACAGGCAUAUCUCGAACUCCGCAAAAGAGCAUAUCGAUUUCAGGGGUCGCAUGUGGAUCCCUUGCUAUCAGUUCUUCCAGCAUAACUUCUUAUCGAGGAGUAGCACGCACUUCUUCUUUAUCCAAAAACUCUCGUCUCAA